ACUAACCAAAAAAACAGACAAAUACAGGGUUAAAAACAGUGUGGGAUUUUCGGUUUAUAAAUUAAUUCAAGAAGCAAUUAAAUAUGAGUAGCAUACUAAAACUUCAAGCAGCAUGUGUAAAAAAUGUAAUAGGAAAUUCAUUCAAGCUAAAUUCCUUGGUUAAGCCCAUAGCUGCUACCAGGAAGCUUCACAUCCAAGUCGACAGAAAAAAUGCCAGUUCAAGCGACUCAGUCUCGAAGGUUUACCCCAUUGUAGACCACACAUAUGAUGCAGUGGUUGUUGGUGCAGGAGGGGCUGGUCUUAGGGCUGCCUAUGGGUUGGUACAAGAAGGAUUUAAGACUGCUGUAAUCACAAAAUUGUUCCCCACGAGGUCACACACUGUGGCUGCUCAGGGUGGUAUUAAUGCAGCCCUAGGUAACAUGGAGGAAGACAACUGGCAGUGGCACAUGUAUGAUACAGUGAAGGGUUCCGAUUGGCUUGGAGACCAGGAUGCUAUUCAUUACAUGACCAGGGAAGCCCCGAAGGCUGUCAUCGAAUUAGAAAAUGCUGGAAUGCCAUUCUCGAGAACUCAAGAAGGAAAAAUCUACCAAAGAGCUUUUGGUGGCCAGUCCUUGAAGUUUGGAAAAGGUGGACAAGCCCACAGGUGCUGUUGUGUAGCCGAUAGGACCGGCCACAGUCUACUUCACACCCUGUAUGGUCAAAGUUUAAGAUACGACUGCAAUUAUUUCGUAGAAUAUUUCGCCUUAGACUUAAUUAUGGAAGGUGGAGAGUGCCGAGGAGUUAUCGCUCUAUGCCUAGAGGAUGGUACUUUGCAUAGGUUCAGAGCCAAGAAUACAAUUUUGGCUACUGGAGGAUAUGGUAGAGCAUACUUUUCGUGUACUUCUGCUCAUACAUGUACUGGUGAUGGUACUGCGAUGGUCGCUAGAGCCGGCUUGCCGUCACAAGAUCUCGAAUUCGUACAGUUCCACCCUACUGGUAUUUAUGGUGCUGGAUGCCUAAUGACCGAAGGGUGUAGAGGAGAAGGAGGCUACCUCAUCAACUCUCAAGGUGAACGAUUUAUGGAACGAUACGCACCCGUAGCUAAAGAUUUAGCUUCCAGAGAUGUAGUAUCUAGAAGUAUGACCAUAGAAAUCAGAGAAGGCCGUGGCUGUGGACCUGAUAAGGACCACGUAUACCUACAGCUCCAUCAUUUGCCAGCUGAUCAGUUGGCUCAAAGGCUGCCAGGUAUCUCAGAAACUGCGAUGAUCUUUGCCGGUGUCGAUGUCACUAGAGAACCUAUUCCUGUGUUACCAACUGUACAUUACAAUAUGGGAGGAGUACCCACCAACUAUAAAGGACAGGUAUUAACUACUGUUAACGGCGAGGACAAACGAGUGCACGGACUGUACGCUUGUGGUGAAGCUGCUUCUUCAUCUGUACACGGUGCUAACAGACUGGGUGCUAAUUCUCUUCUUGACUUGGUCGUCUUCGGAAGGGCUUGUGCUUUAACCAUUGCUGAAGAACACAAACCCGGCGAAUCUAUUGGCAGUAUUAAAGACAAUGCAGGUGAAGAAUCUGUCGCCAACCUGGACUGGGCCCGAUUCGCAAAUGGUGGCAUCAGCACAGCCGAUUUAAGAUUGCAAAUGCAAAAGACCAUGCAAGUCCAUGCUGCAGUAUUCCGUACUGAAGACACACUGAAAGAAGGCGUUACCAAAAUGGAGAAUUUGUACGGAAAAAUGAAGGAUCUCAAAGUUUCUGACAGCAGCUUGAUAUGGAACACAGAUUUGGUAGAAACAUUGGAGCUUCAAAACUUGAUGUUAAAUGCCGUACAAACAAUCGUCGCUGCAGAAAACAGAAAAGAAUCACGAGGUGCUCACGCAAGAGAGGAUUACAAGCUACGUGUUGACGAAUACGACUACAGUAAACCAUUGGAAGGACAACAAAAGAAACCGUCGUCAGAGCAUUGGAGAAAGCACACCUUGACCACAAUCGACGACAAGACAGGUAAGGUCAACAUCACCUACAGAGAAGUCAUCGACGAUACCUUAGACAAGAGCGAGUGUGCCACGGUACCUCCAGCAAUUAGAUCUUACUAGUUUAUGCAACAGCGCAAAAAUUAUAUUAAACCGCAACCACAGCUACUCAAGAAUUUGUCAAAUCUAUUAUAGUAUCUGAAAUUAUGGAAACCUAACCUCAAUUAUAUGUCAACAGUGUCAAAUAAUUUGUCACUAAGUAUGACAAGUGACAUAUGAUUGAUUAUCAUUUUACUUUUCUUUGACUUGUGUCAGGCAAGUUUGUUUUAAAAUGAUUUAUCAUAGAAAACGAGUUUUCUUAAUGUUUUUUUACCACAUAGUGCCAUUGAUUAGUACAAAUACAAUAUAAACUCGAUUUUCUUAAGCUUUUAAGUCAUUUAUUUUAGAUCAGGUAAGUCUGUCAUGUAUUGGCGAUCCUCUAUCUACAGUUCUUCGUGACUUUUGUAUUGGAACAGGUACUUGCACACACAACGGGCAGAAAAAGUACUUCGAACGUCCAUAACUAUAAUGGUCUACAAAAAUGAAGAUGUUAUCACUUUUUUCAAAUCGAAAAUCUGUUAGAAACGUACAGAGAUUUCCUAAUACCGAAGUUAUCAAAUCAGAUGUAUAUUAUUACAUCUAAUACACUAAUGUGCAAGCUAACUUCAAGCCUUUUUUAGUAUGUGAGUUAUGUAUGUCCGAUCGCAGAACCCCGCCGCAUCAGGUUUGAAACGAAAACUCACCGGUCCC